AUGAUCAACCCCGAGCCCUCUGCGCCCACGCCCGCUCCGGCCGAAUCCGAGAGUGCGAUCGUCGAAGCCGAUCCCACCGGCGCUGCCGGUCCGAUGGCGUUUCCGUUCGCGGUUGGAGAGAUCGUCUGGGCAAAAGUCAAGGGCUAUCCGUGGUGGCCUGGAAGGAUUGUGAGCGAAAGUGAUGUGACUGUCGACGUUCGACGAGCCAAGCCGCUCAACAAACAAUCUCAGAUUGUUCAUUUUUUCGUUUCGAAUGACUACUCAUGGCAGACUGCCGAUGCAAUCAAGCCUUUCAAAGACCACCGCUCCGAAUUCGAAAAAAAGUCAAAAACCAUCAAAUUCGUCAAGGCCGUUCAAGCGGCCCUGAAUCCGCCACCGAUGGUCAGCCGCAACGAUGACGAGUCUUCCCACGAAGACGAUGUCGAUCAGGAAAUCCUGGCAAAGUCCAAGUCCUCGCGAAAGGACACAACAAAGAAGCGGAGAGCCACCAUGGCUCACACCAAGAGCAAAGUUGACGACGAGGUCGAAGAGGAGGAGGAAAAGCAGUCCAGGAAGAAGCGUCGCGCAAGCGAUCCCGGCGUCGCCGCCAAGAAGGAAGCUAAGAAGAGGGCCAUGGAGUACACCGACGACGAGGCGGACGAGCCAGCCAAAAAGGUCAAGACCGCCGAGAAGGAGAACAACCACCACCGCCACGAGAGCGACGCAAAGAAGCCUGCCCAUGAGGAUGACCAGCACGAUUCUCACUCGGGAAACGAAUCGGAGACCAAGCACAAAUCAUCGCACCAUCACGACGACGACAAAAAGGAUAAGAAGAAGGGCGAUCGCAUCCAGAAGCUGAGAGCAAAGGCACAGCGUUUCCUCACAAAAGCUGACCGCCAGUCUGAAGAUUUCGAAAAGGCCGACAAGUGGAUGAAGGAAAUCGAAGAGUCGGAAAUGACCAUAGACAAGCUCAAGGAGAGCAAGAUUGGCAAGGUUAUGAAGAAAUUAUCGGCACUCCAGUUGGAAAGCGACGUUUACAAGCUCAUGGACCGAUUCAAGGAGCAACUGCAUCGGUGGAAGCUGCUCAUUCCAAGCGACGAGCAUCAUCACAACGGAGAUGCCACACCUGUGAUCGCAAUGGCUUCGGUCGAGCCCGUCGUCUCAACAGACAGUCACGAAGCUGCAACCGCCAAGUCCGAGCACGCUGAAGCAAACGGAUCGAUCCCCGCUGCCGAGGCGCCAGCGGCUGCCACCACGAGCCCCGAUGCCGAUGUCCCGGUCGAUACAGUGGCAACGAGCCUGGUAGAUUCCAGCGAGACGACGGCAAAGCCGAUCGCUGUGGCCAACUCGACAGACGACGCCGCCCCCGCCGAUCCUGCCGCCGUUGCGACGGCUGUCGCUACACCAGUCGAGGCGAUUGCCCCCUCUGAUUCUCACCCGAGCGCCGUCAAGGAAAGCACGAACGACGCUCCUGCCCCGCCUCUCGCUGCCGAGGUCUAG